CUGGUAAGGAUUCUGAGAAAACAUCUGGAAUCAAUAACUGGAAUGACUGGUUCUGUUGAUGGAAAAAAAACACAGAACACUACCUGAUACGGAAACUAAAAGAACACUUCCAUUUCAAAUGUAGGAUGAUGCCUCAUGUUUUUCCAGGACCAGACAGAGUGGUAGGAUGAUGCCUCAUGUUGUUUCCAGGACCAGACAGAGGAGAGUGGUAGGAUGAUACAUCAUGUUGUUUCCAGGACCAGACUGAGUGGUAGGAUGAUACAUCAUGUUGUUUCCAGGACCAGACAGAGGAGAGUGGUAGGAUGAUGCCUCAUGUUUUUUCCAGGACCAGACUGAGUGGUAGGAUGAUGCAUCAUGUUGUUUCCAGGACCAGACAGAGGAGAGUGGUAGGAUGAUGCCUCAUGUUGAUUUCAGGACCAGACAGAGGAGAGUGGUAGGAUGAUGCCUCAUGUUGUUUCCAGGACCAGACUGAGGAGAGUGGUAGGAUGAUGCAUCAUGUUGUUUCCAGGACCAGACUGAGGAGAGUGGUAGGAUGAUGCAUCAUGUUGUUUCCAGGACCAGACUGAGGAGAGUGGUAGGAUGAUACAUCAUGUUGUUUCCAGGACCAGACUGAGGAGAGUGGUAUGUGAAAAAUGUUGUUUCAUGCACCGGAGUGUCCAAAAUGGAACUCUAUUCCCUACUUAGUGCACUCCGUUUGAUCAAAGCGCUAUGGGCCCUGGUCAAACGUACUACACCACAUAAAAAAUUGGGACAAUCCUCAAAUCUUCCCCACAGAGGAGCAGCCAGCCUCGACACAGGUGGUCGGUGGGGUCACUGAUCUGAGAUCAGUGUAUCCACACCAACUCCCUACCUUGACCACCAGAGGGAGAAGGCAAACUGAUCUUCCAUCAGAUUUCUUGGUUAACACCAUUCUUCUCUUUCUCUUAACGUGAACCAUGCGGAACCAAGCAGACCGCGUCUGGGCUGAUAAAUCACCGAUAUAACGGGCACAGUAUCUGAACACACUGCACCUAGACGACAGACCUUCUUUCACUCACCAACGGAAGAAACGCUGAAGAAGUUAAGACUUCUAACUGAAGAUCAUGUCUCUGAUGCUACUGCUGGUGUUGGUGUGCCAAACCAUGGCGUCACCUCGACUCUCAGCAUCUGACCCCUGUGUUCUAGAACUAGAGGAGUUGAGACGUGAUGUCCGUAUUCUGGAGAACAAACUGUUGAUCGGAGUGUGGCAGCUCAACCAUGUCAAGACACACAGCUACAUCAUCACCCCCCUACUACCCAGUAACUUCAACAUAACAGAGGAAUACAGGACAGGCGCCUCUCUGCCUCCAGCAGGAAGCCUCAUCGUACAUGACAAAGACUGCUCUGAGCUGUAUGACAGACAGAGGCCAGACUCCGGGUUUUACCGGAUCAGACCUAGAGUGGAUCAGGAGCCGGUCCUAGUCUUCUGUGACAUGGAAGAUGGAGGGGGAUGGACUGUUAUACAGCGACGAAGACAUGGCAGGGUUGACUUCAACAGAGACUGGGUGGACUACAGAGACGGGUUUGGAGACUUUAAGCUGUGGAACGAUGAAUUCUGGCUGGGCAACGAACACAUCCAUUCUCUGGUGAAGGAAGGUAGGCUGUCAACCCUAACACAAUGAGAGGCUUGAUACAUACAGCCCCAGAACACAUUCACUCUCUGGUUUUAGGGCGGCAGAUAGCCUAACGGUUAAGGGCCAGUAAGAGCCGGUAAGGGCCAUUAAAAGCCAGUAAG